AUGGCCAGGACCCGCCUUGGCCUUGGUCAAUGCAACUCCUUGUUUGGCUCCUGGAGGGACGUGGGACUCCUGACCACGUGUUGCGACGGGGUGCGGCCAAUCGCGCAGUCAGACAGCGCAGCUGGAGGGGAUCCCUGGCAUUUCUUGACACUCUGGAGGCAUCACGCUUGCUCCCGGACAUGGGUACAGUCAAUGCCGCCAUGUCGUCCUGCGCGCUCCUGGUGCAGGGCGCUGGCACUGUUGUGCUGGCAUGGCUCGCGGUCGCGUGCGGAUAGGUUUGGCUACAGCAGCCUGCUUGAUGCCAUGGCCAACUCCGUCACCGCUUCGCCCCAGAGGCUCCCUUGGGAGGCAGCCGUCGACCUCCUGCGGGUGGCUUUGGUGAGGCUUGUUGAGAUCGACAGCGCCGUUGAAAACGCAGCGAUCAGCUGCUGCAGCCUGCGAGGAGAUUGGUGCCGCUCUUCUUUACUCCUGUCGCGGCUGUGGGCCCCGGACAACCUCUCGCUCAGCUUCGCCAUUGCCAGCUGCGCCACGGCUUGCGAG